AUGUCCAGUAUUCAAGAAUUCUUUGCCAAGCUCGAGCCCCGGACCAUUGUCCGGUCGUUUGUGCUGGCCUCCGUGCUGUCUUUCGUUCUGAUAACGGUUAUGUUACAAUCUUUUGCACCAUCUGUUGUGGAGGUGCCUAAAUUCUCGGAUUUGGGCUCCGACAUGGUCAAGUUCAGACUCGUCAAGAAGGACGACGGUAACCACACGUCCACUGGCUCCAAUGACGACUACGAUGGGUACACAUCUUCGUCGCAAGAUUACUCUUCUUCGUCCCAAUUAGAAACAACAACGUAUCCAGGGGGUUCUGUUUACCCGUCCUCAAGUUCCACCACAAGCGCCAGCAGUUCCAGCAGUUCCAGCAGCGUCAGCAGUUCCAGCAGUUUGAGUAGCUCCAGCGAGUCGAGUAGCUCAAGCAGCUCCUCUAGCUCCUCCAGCAGCUCUUCCAGCUCUUCCAGCUCCAGCUCCGCAACAACUGACCACUCUAGCAACUCCAUCACCAGCACGUCGUCUGAGUCGUCUUCCUCUGCCACAGAAAGCCCAUCGGUGACCUGGUCGAGCUCGUCGUCCGAAGAAUGGUCUGCAGAACCGUCCUCCUCAACGUCCUGGUCGGAAUCCUCACAGUCACCUUCUGAAUCGUCCUCAAGCCCGUCCAGUACCGAGUCGCCCACAUCGCACACCACGUCCAGCGCAGACUCCUCCACCACGUCGCACACGACCAGCGCGAGCUCGAGUUCAGAGGAACACUCGUCCACCAGUGCGCCGUCCGCUACUGACUCGUCUUCCACGGCCAGCUCUUCAACGGAGUCCGCUAGCUCGUCCACCACCGAGGCCGCUUCUUCGACGUCGAGCACCCCAACAGCGUCGCCGUCGUCCUCGGUCGACUCCGACACAAAACGCUCGUCUGGCGGGCUGUCGUCGAAAAACAAAAAGAUCGUGAUCGGAGUGGUUGUUGGACUCGGCGUGCCGAUCCUGCUGCUACUACUGCUGCUGUUGAUCUUCUUCCUUAGAAAACGCAAGGCCAGCGGUGACUACUAUGUGGACUCCAACGGGCGCAUGGUGGGAUUGAUAGAGAGCAGCUGGUUGUCGAAACUCGCGUUCUGGAAGAAGGGACAACAAAAGGGCGAUUUUGGCGACGACGAGGACGAGGAUCUGAGUGGUUUCAACAAGAACUCCACGGGAGAGACAGGGUUUGUUGUCAACAGGGCCAAGACGGUCAGACAGACCAACCAGGGCACAAACUUCUAG